AUGCCUGGCAUCCUUCCUAUGAAGGUCAUCAAGGUGGGCACCAGCUCCCAGAGCCGGAUCGCCCAGGCUUGUGACCGGUGCCGUAGCAAGAAGAUCCGCUGCGACGGCAUCCGCCCUUGCUGCACCCAGUGCGCCAAUGUCGGCUUCGAGUGCCGUACCAGCGACAAGCUCAGCCGGAGAGCCUUCCCCCGCGGCUACACCGAGUCGUUAGAGGAGCGCGUGCGCGUGCUCGAGGCCGAGGUCCGCGACCUCAAGGACCUGCUGGAUGAGAAGGACGAGAAGAUCGACAUGCUGUCGAGGAUGCACGGCAACCAGCGCCAUAGUUCACAGUCGAGUUGCGGACAGAGCCCGCCGUCGCACGAUGCGAGGAGAGAACCGUCGGCGCCGCCGCCCAAGGAGGACACAUUCCGCGUGCAGGCUUCGCCGCUGCUCCUCGGCGUGGAGAAUUCCGACUCUUACUUUAUGGGUGCCUCGAGCGGUCGAGCGUUCAUCGAGUCGUUCAAACGCAAAAUCCAGGAGAAUGGCAAAUCCUGCUCAGACUUCAACGUCGAGGCUUUCCUGCACAUCCAAGGCUGCUAUCCGCUCGUGCAAGCCUCGCAAUCGCAGAGCCCGCGUGUGCCGCCCCGCAUGUUCUCAGACCGCUGCGUGAACGUCUACUUCCAGGAGUGGUCACCGCUGUUCCCAGUCUUGCACAAGCCGCAAUUCUUGCACAUCUACGAGGAGUUCGUCGCAGACCCGGACAAGAUCAAGAACAACCACAAGAUCGCCCAGCUCUACCUCGUCUUCAGUAUUGCCGCCCUCUCGGGUGAGGAUCCCGACUUUGAGCAGAUCGCUUCCUGCGAGGCCCACUGGCAACGCGCCCUUGACGCCAUCUUGAUGGACAAUACCAUCAUCACUCUCCAGUGCCUGGUCCUGGCCCUCAUGUACUGCACCGCGAGAGCUGACUACAAGCGCCUGCAGCACUACAAGGGUGUCGCUGUCGGUCUGUCCCACCGCCUUGGUCUGCAUCAGAGCCAAAAGCGCUUCUCCUUUGGCGCCUUGACUAUCGAGACCCGAAAGAAGGUGUUCUGGACCCUGUACACCCUCGACUGCUUCUCAGCUGCCAUCCUUGGCCUGCCCAAGCUGCUGAAGGAUGAUGAUAUCCAUGCCGAGUACCCCUCUGACACUGAUGAUGAGUACGUCACCGAGAAGGGCUUCCAGCCCACACUUCCCGGAGAGUACACCAGGCUGUCGAGCGCACUGGCACUGUUCCGCGCUGCUCGCAUUCUUGCCAAGGUUCUCGAGAAGAACUACCCUGCCGCCACCUCACACGAGCUUUCUCUCCAGCAGAUGGCUGCGCUCGAGGCCGAGCUCGAUGAGUGGAACGACGCGCUCCCUCAGCAUCUGAAGCUCAUCUUCCAGCAGGACAAGCCGUCGACCCACGUGACUGGGAGCAGGUCCCCCCUGCUGUCUCUUGCCUACUACUACAUCCGCACCCUCAUCAUGCGCCCUGCAGUCGGUUCAAGCCUGGGCCAGAAGGCCGCGCCAGCUGUCAUCUCGAUCAGCGACUCGAGCAAGCGCAUUGUCCAGAUCAUCCAACUCCUCGAGGAGCGCAACAUGUCCUUCUCCUUCUGCCUCAACAAGGCCGAUGUUCUCAUCAUCUGUGGCAUGACUCUGCUCUACCAGAGUGUUGACCUGAAGCAGGACAGCAAGCUGAUGAAGGACGGAGAGCGUCUCGUCAACUCGGUCAUCAAGAUCGCCGACAAGAUGAAGGCUCCUGGAGCCUAUGACCUCAAGCGAGUUGCUGCCAUGCUUGUGACUCUCGAUGAGCCCGUCGGCACUGCUCUGCCAUCGCCGCCCAAGGACAGCCCUAGGAUGAGCAUGGCUGCCCCACCCCAGAGGCCGUCUCCUCCCGCCUCCCAGCAACCAGCCAAGAAGACCUCCGGUUCACUUGGCCGCCUUGCUGCUGCGAGCGUGAGCGAGACUGACCUGCUGCGACAGCAAGAGAAGCUGAGGCGUAUGACGAUGCCCAACAACAACGCGAACCGACCUGACCUUCACCGAUCUUCAUCAAGGGCCUCGUUCGACAGCCCUCGCCCUGAUGUGUCCUUCAACCGCCUAUCCCUACCGCAAGUCCAGUCUCAGAUGCUCGCCAGGCUCUCCCCGCAGCCCAAGCACAACCAGAACCUCGACUACCUCUCGCUCAACGGCAACGCGCAAACACCGCAGCCUCAGUCGCCGAACCAGGGUCGCCCGCAACAGCGCACGCACCAGCAGCCCCAGCACCACUUCUCGCCAGCCCAGCUGAACCAGAAGAUCUCUGGUGUCUCUCCUUCGGAGUGGGAAGCUCUGCUUGGUUCGCUCGACGGUGGUCAACUCAAUGUCUACGAUGCCAUGUAUGGCGGUCCCGCUCUGGCCCUGGCAGAGACACCCGUGUCAGCCAACUCACUUUCGGGCGGCUGGUCACCAGACGCCUGGGACCUCUCCGGUUUCAACCUGGGCGACUUCGGCAGCACUCCCGCCGCGCCGCAAAGCGUGCUGAGCCUCAGCGACGAGAGCUUGAGCUCCGGCGAGGAGCUGACUACGAGCGACUUGGGGCUGAGCGUGAACAGCCUCGACUACCACAGCAGCCUGGUUCCUACCAGCCUGCCAACCAGUGCCGACGGGUUCUCCCUGGACAACCUGGACAGUCACUUCCUAUGA